ACUAGUAAAUUUCCAGUCGUGCAGGAGAAAGGCUUGCUCUGCAAAAAGUGCAGACACGUCCCUGUGAAUUCUCUCGUUCUUGCUUUCAUGGAGCUCUGAAGAAAGCGACCGUAAAGAAGAAGGCGAUCGAGGAGAGUAAGAGAGAGAGUCAAGGAACAGAGCACAAUGCGGAGAUAUCUCCUGUUAUGGAUGAUCAUCUUCUGCUUGGAUUUUACUCUCUGUUUCUCUCGUCCAGGACGAGCACCAUUUGCUAUGCGCAUAAGCUGUGGAGCUCAACAGGAUUCUCAAACAAAACCGACAAAAACCCGCUGGCGUAAGGACUUCGGAUAUACUGGAGGAAUAGCCGCUAAUGGAACACGUCCAAGCUACAUCUCCCCUCCGCUUAGAAGCCUCCGCUAUUUCCCGUUGUCCGAAGGUCCUCAAAAUUGCUACAACAUUAAUGGUGUGCCAAAGGGGCACUACUCAAUCAGGAUCUUCUUUGGAAUUGUUUUACAACACAGUGUUAUGAAUGAACCACUUUUUGAUAUCUCGAUUGAUGGCACCCAAAUUCAUUCUUUAAAACCAGGUUGGACCAAUGAGGAUGAUCAAGUAUUUUCAGAAGCUCUCGUGUUUCUCACUAAUGGUUCUGUUUCUGUCUGUUUUCAUAGCACGGGUCAUGGAGAUCCAGCAAUCCUUUCAAUUGAGAUUCUUGAAAUUGAUGAAAAAGCUUAUUAUUUUGGUCCACAAUGGGGUCAAGAGAUAAUGCUUAGAACAGUUAAAAGACUGAGUUGUGGUUAUGGACAGUCAAAAUUUGACAUUGAUUACAACGGGGAUCCCUGGGGAGGGGACAGAUUUUGGAAACACAUUCAAACUUUCGGUCAGGGUUCUGAUCAACCGAGAUCUGUUGAGAAUAAGAUAAAAAAUGCUUCACUGCCACCAAACUUCUAUCCAGAAUCCCUUUAUCAAUCAGCACUCGUUAGUACCGAUAGUCAGCCUGAUUUAACAUAUACGAUGGAUGUGGAUCCCAACAGAAACUACUCUAUUUGGUUACAUUUUGCAGAGAUUGAUAAUUCCGUGACAGCUGCAGGGCAAAGAGUGUUUGACGUAAUGAUUAAUGGUCAUGUUGUCCUCAGAGAUGUAGACAUUAUAAAUAUGAGUGGGGAUCGUUAUUCUGCUCUUGUGCUCAAUGCAACCGUUUCUGUUGAUGGGAGGACUUUGACAAUAACCUUGCGCCCAACAGGAGAUAGCCAUGCCAUAAUCAGUGCCAUCGAGAUAUUUGAGAUUAUUAUGACCGAAUCGACAACUUUAUCAGAGGAAGUUAGGGCUUUACAAACAUUGAAGGCGGCUUUGGGGCUUCCGUCCAGAUUUGGGUGGAAUGGUGAUCCGUGUGUUCCUCAAGAGCAUCCAUGGACCGGGGCAGAUUGCCUAUUAAACAAAAGUAUUGGCAAAUGGGUCAUUGAUGGACUUGAUCUUAACAAUCAAGGUCUGAAGGGUUUCUUGCCGAAUGACACAUCCAGACUGCAAAACCUAAACACCUUGAAUUUGAGCGGAAACAGCAUUCAUGGAGCUAUUCCCUCCACACUUGGAGCAAUUACUAGUUUGGAAGUUCUGGACCUGUCCUACAACCUCUUCAAUGGAUCAAUUCCAGAAAGCCUUGGGCAGUUGACUUCUUUACAAAGAUUGAAUCUUAAUGGAAACUCCCUGUCUGGAAGAGUCCCUGAAGCACUUGGAGGAAGGCUUUUGCAUAGAGCUAGCUUCAAUUUCACUGACAACCCAGGUCUGUGUGGUAUCCCCGGAUUACCCACAUGCGGAACUCACCUUUCUGCUGGCGCUAAAGUUGGCAUUGGCUUAGGUGUUUGCUUUGCAUUUCUAUGUCUUGUUACCUGUUCAGUUUGUUGGUGGAAAAGGCGGCAAAAUAUUCUCCGAGCUAAGCAAAUUGCUGCAAGGGCAGCUCCAUAUGCAAAAGCAAGGACCCAUUUAUCUGAUAUCCAGUUGACAAAGCAUCAUCCCCACCCCCACCACCACCAUCACCACCACCACCACCAUCAUGGUAAUUCCCGCACUGCAGCUGAGAACGGCCCUAUAUUGCUAUCAUGAUCUCAUCUCAUCCUUUUCAUACAUCGUCAGCUCCAAGUAUUACUCUAUCUCCUCACUCCCAUAUUUUUUUCCCCUCCCAAAUCCAAGAAACUCCCUCCUAUAUUGGCUGAUCAUGUGACAUCUAGGUAGAAAUCUUGAAUACUAUGUUCUUUUGAUCAUAAGGCCAGAGUUUCUUGACUUGAGCUCGCUGAAUUCCCUAAUAUUUUAAACAGGCUGAGAACGCACACACUGCCAUUUUGUAAAUCAGAAAAUUUUGCACAUUGCCUUUGUUCACUUGUUUGCUUUUCUUUGUAUGGUUUAACUUUGUUAAGGGAUUUUUUUUUUUUGG